CAUCAAUCGGAAGGCCAACGGAAGUGCCAAGUUGUUGCCGGAAGUGGGGAGAGGGAGGUUGUAAUGGCGGCUGCGACUCUUACCGAGAAGAUGCGGGUGGAGAGCGCGGAGGAGGAACAACCCCUCGCGACGGCGGAGGAGCUCGCGGCCCAGAAGCGCGAGCAGAGACUGCGCAAAUUCCGGGAGCUGCAUCUGAAGCGGAAUGAAGCCCGUAAAUUAAAUCACCAGGAAGUUGUGGAAGAAGAUAAAAGACUUAAGUUACCUGCAAAUUGGGAAGCCAGAAAAGCUCGUUUAGAGUGGGAACUACAGGAAGAAGAAAAGAAAAAGGAAUGUGCAGCAAGAGGGGAGGACUACGAGAAAGUGAAGUUAUUGGCGAUCAGUGCAGAAGAUGCAGAAAGGUGGGAGAGGAAAAAGAAGAGGAAAAACCCUGACCUGGGCUUCUCAGAUUAUGCUGCUGCCCAGUUACGCCAGUACCAUAGAUUGACCAAACAGAUCAAACCUGACAUGGACGCAUAUGAGAGGCUGAGAGAAAAGCAUGGAGAAGAGUUUUUCCCAACAUCCAACAGUCUUCUUCAUGGAACACAUGUGCCUUCCACACAGGAAGUUGAUAGGAUGGUCACAGAUCUGGAAAAACAAAUUGAAAAACGAGAUAAAUACAGCAGGAGACGACCUUAUAAUGAUGAUGCAGAUAUCGACUACAUUAAUGAAAGGAAUGCUAAAUUCAACAAGAAGGCAGAAAGAUUCUAUGGGAAAUAUACAGCUGAAAUUAAACAGAAUUUGGAAAGAGGAACAGCUGUCUAAUCUUCUCCAGGAACUGUUUUUAGAAGCUUGAGAAUGGGAUGAAGAUUUCUGUUAGCAAAUUGCAGUUCUAUUCAAAGUUAUACUAGUAAACCAGAACAUACUCUAUGUCUUCCCACUCAGAAUUUAAAAUAAAUGUUUUUUUCUUAAACAUAUAUUUCCAUGUAUAUUUCCAAAUUUUUGUGCUCGGAUAUAAGAUGUAUUUCUUGUAGCGUAUUUGUUUUUUAAUAAUCUACUUUGUAUAAAUUCUAUAAUUAUAUUAUUUUUCUAUGUAUUUUAAAUGUGUGGUUAUUUAACCUUUGAAGCAUUUUGGGCUUAAGAUUGCUGGUAGCAAAUGUAAAUUCAGUCUUGUUGCUUUGAGUAAUGUUAGGAAUUUGACAGACUCUGGAGCUGGUCUCAGGAAUCAUUUGGGGUUGUAGACUCUGAAGCUAAGGACAGGGAUGAGGAAGGUGGCAGUCGCAAUGGCUCCUGGAGGGCUGGUGCAGGCUCUACUGGGCUGCUUAUGACCAAGUUCAGGAAGUAACAGAACUGUCCUGUGAAUAUUGACCAUGUACUGUUC